GGUCACAGGUGUGUGUGUUCUCCAGAGGCACUCCGGCAACUUCGGCCGUUCCAACUUUUUGAUCACCGCGCUGCUGUCAGCGUGUUUAAUUUUUAAUCAUUCAAAAUCGUAAAACGCGAAAUUGCGGGGGUGAAAUGACGGGGGCGAUUUUCGGGGCACCGUGGACCCUUGCAGCUAAUUCGAGGCGCGCUGGCAGGCGGCCAGGCAGCGCGUGCGCCACCCCCUCUUUCUCCGGCCGCCUCCCCGCCCACAGUCGCCACUAGUCUCGGAGCGGAGGCCGCGCCGAGCGGAUGCUGCCGGUGUUGCUGCUCUUGGCCACCCUGGCCAGGGCUGGCGAGGCCACCUCCAGCGAGCGCCUCUCCAACGUCACGCAGACGAUUUCGCGAUUAUUAGAGGGAUAUGACAUCAGACUCAGGCCCAACUUUGGAGGAGACCCUCUCUACGUUGGCAUGGACCUGACCAUCGCUAGUUUUGACUCAAUCUCCGAGGUCAACAUGGACUACACAAUCACAAUGUACCUGAACCAGUACUGGAAAGAUGAGCGAUUGGCGUUCAGCAACGAAGAAGAGAUUCUCACUCUGUCUGGUGACUUCGCCGAGAAGAUUUGGGUGCCGGACACGUUUUUCGCCAACGAUAAAAAUAGCUUUUUGCACGACGUGACGGAGCGGAAUAAAUUGGUCCGGCUCAACGGUGACGGCAGCAUCACGUACGGCAUGCGUUUCACCACCACGCUCGCGUGCAUGAUGGACCUCCACUAUUAUCCGCUCGACAACCAAAACUGCACCGUCGAAAUUGAGAGCUACGGGUACACUGUGCUGGACGUGGUCAUGUACUGGAAGGAAACGCCUGUGAUGGGGGUGGAGGAGGCCGAGCUGCCGCAAUUCACAAUUAUUGGCUACGAGACCAACGACCGCAAAGAAAAGUUGGCCACCGGCAUUUACCAGCGGCUGUCGCUUUCAUUCAAGCUGCAGCGCAACAUCGGCUACUUCGUCUUCCAGACGUACCUGCCCUCGAUUCUCAUCGUCAUGCUCUCGUGGGUUUCGUUUUGGAUCAACCACGAGGCCACGUCCGCCAGGGUGGCGCUCGGAAUCACCACCGUGCUGACAAUGACGACGAUCAGCACGGGUGUGCGCAGCAGUUUGCCGCGCAUUUCGUACGUGAAGGCGAUCGACAUCUACCUGGUCAUGUGCUUCGUAUUUGUGUUCGCCGCGUUACUCGAGUAUGCCGCGGUCAACUACACGUACUGGGGCGCCCGUGCCAAAAAGAAGACCAAGAAGAGCAAGGAGCAAGAGAAACAACCGCCACCAAAGCCACACACCACGCCACCGUCUGACGCGUUCGCCCCCGAGGAGAUUAUCGAGCUGCAGGACCUCCGUCUUUCUCCUAUUCCAUCGCUGCGCCACCGGCACGGAUCUCGUUUGGGCGCCGAGGCCACUGACUCUGGCCGCUUCCCGCCCAGUUUCCGCAUUCACCGCGGGACCUCUCGAGGCCCGCCGGGCACCAAACGCCCUCGCGUAAUGCAAACUUUACGCAGAGGCGCCUCAGCGAUUCGCUCCUCCAUCCCUAAGAUCAAGGACGUGAAUGUGAUAGACAAGUAUUCGCGCGUCAUCUUCCCCGUGUCCUUCCUCCUCUUUAACGCAGGCUACUGGAUCUUCUACGUUUUCUAGCCUCUUUUUGCCACUUGGACCAACCCAUAAAUCUCUAUUCACCCCCCUCACUUCUUGUGUUCUUCCCAGAAACACCCCAGUGUGUCACACAUAGCAAAUAAUCUCAAUAAAAAUAAAAUUAAGUUCGAUGGUGGAAUAAGAGUAGAUUUUUGUUAUAUAAGUGCAAAGUCUCCUUCAAAUAGUGAAAUAACUUGGCGUAAAUUCGAUUCCUCGCAAUUUUUUAUUUAAUGUUGAAAUUUCCUGAUAAUUUUUUUUUUAUUACGCAUGUUUGCGUAGAGCUUACAUUUUUAUUUCUAGUAUCGUUCAAGAUGAUUUGUAUAAAAAUUUAAAAACACAGUAUCUUCAAUAUAGUGACUAGAAUAAAAUUUUAAUGUUACGGAAAUGAGCAAAAUAAACAUCUGACUUUUUGAAAUGCUA